GCCGUCUCAUGCAACGAAAUACCCCUGGUCCAGCAAGUGGGCCACAACCUCGGCCAGUCCACCCGACGAUUGACCAGCCCGGAAAGUCACAAACGCAAUGUGACGGACACAAAACCGGGCAUUGUCCCUGGUGGUAGUACUGACCUCGGAUGGACAGUCGACGAGGACAGCUACAACUUGGCCAAGUUUGGUCAGAUCAAUGGAGCGUGGCCGAUUGAUUUGCCACUACCGCUACCAAAGUGGUCUGCUAAGCCGGUUGAACCGUAUAUUGUCGAUAAGGUGUGGCAGUAUGAAGAUUUGAUAGGUGUGAUUGAAACAAAACUACAGCGGAUGUUGGAGGAGACUCAUUACAAUACAGUGAACAAUUUUGUGGAUUUUCACAAGGCUUACCGCAGCACUCACAGUGCCAGCCCGGAUCUUAGAACACAUUUCCAGAACUAUAUGAUACCGAUUAAUCGCCGCCAUCACAUGUGCGUCAGUCUAGGAAUGGAAAUUGUUUCGAGAUUGGCGGAGUAUUACCCCCAAAUUGCUAAACACUUCUACUUGGUCUCAUGUGAGGAGGCAGUAGAGGAGUACGAAUCGUACGUUAACCACUGCGAAGAAAAGAACAUCGAGCAUGCGGGACCAACUUUGGAGAAGGAGCAUGCAAUGGUGGCCAUGAAAGUCGUAGUCGGAGGAAGAGAAGGUGUGUUAAUACUCGAUCCAGGCUAUCAUGUGGCACGCGCUGUUACUGUAAUGAAAGAUCAAAAUUACCCGCAUACCGGCUGGUUUACGCAAUCUGAUGAACCACACUGCAAACGAGAGUACUGCUAUGAAAUAAGCAACCACUGUGUGAACUACAUCACCUGGACUGAACGUGUGACACGCGCCGGCAAGCAGCAGUACGAAAUGUCAGUAAUUUAUAUGGAACGUCCAUACCGAACGGCCAUUGAUGUUACGGUACGUAGGAAUUUGGUAUACAAUUUCCGUUCGCUACUGUCGCGUGAUGCUAAAGGCCGUGUCUGUUCCGGGUUGUACUUCCCGGUCGUACUGAAUUCAGCUGAUGCGCAAGUGACGCUUUUUUACGACAGUGCCAAUGACACACAAGUGAAGCAGAAACUUAAAUUCUCAUUUUUUAGAGAUCCCCAAAAAAUCCCAGAGAACAUAAUGACUCAUCUAAACAAUCUGGCACUACAACUGAGAAUGGAAUUGAGUGAGCUUGUUAGCCUAAUGGGUGACCUUGCAGGAGCUGUGCAGGAUGUGGAAUUUGUGAAGCAAGUGUUAGAUAUCAAUAACAGUAUCAACGAAAUGUCUGCUGACAACUGAAAAAGUCUAAAACUUUUGCUUUCAUGCUAUACACCACAAAAUUUAGACACAAACACAUACAAAACCCUACAUGAACACUUUGACAUGCACAAUACUACCGCAAUUCAAUAGUUACUUACAGGCUCAUAGCAAACGUAUUCAUUAUUUUCCAUAGAUUACUGAAUCGGUUAAUGGUGCAACCAUUUCCGCACCAUGUAUCUAACCACAUUAUAUAUGAAUAGAAAACUAUUACAGUUUAUUGAUAUGUCUAUAAAACACUAGAAAAUGCUAGGCACCUUGCAUAAAAAAGAACAGCUAGAUUUUCAACACCACACGAGCAACACAGUAUCAAUUCAAAAAAAUAGUAUGUAUGUAAUCAGUUAGAAUAUCUCGGGAUAAAGGGGUAUUUCAUAAAAUUUCUCGCUUGAACUUGUAUAGGUUCAAAACACACACCAUAUUAAAAAUUUCAUUCUUAAAUGGGAAAACAUUGAACUAAAUUUUAAUCAUUAAGUUUAACCGAUUUGACCCAACAGAAAAAAAUAUGUCACCUGUAUCUUUUUCAAUAAACGUAUCUAUUGACGAAA